ACUACUAGAAAAGUGAAAUUCGACAUAUUUUCUGAUUUGGGAGUCGUUGUGGUUUGUAAUCGUUCCCACAUAAAUAUAGUCUAACAAAUGAAGAUCUAGAUUCAGUGUUUUUGUAUUCUUUGCAAGUCGGGUGCGCGUAUCUAGCACAAAGUCAGAAAAUAAAAAUCAAGAUUUUCAUUUGUUAAACGAGGAUUAUUUGGAAACAAUUACAAACCCCAAGCACUCCUAAAUCAGAAAAUACGUCGAGUUUUACUUUUCUUCGAGUGUACCUAUAAUAUUAUAGUGUUGUCUGACAUUCAUACAGCAAAGCGAUGAUAUUAAUGGACAUCAUUUAUAGUGGAUACACUCACGUGAUACGAAUCGGCCGUUAUCUAAUCCAACUGACCGACAUGUUUCAAAGUGUAUUUCUACGCGUUAUAACCAAAGUUGGUUUGUUUUCCAUACAAAUUUCGGGACUAUGGCCAUUUUCCUUUGAUCGGAAAGCGAAGAAAUUCAAAUUUCUUUGGUAUUAUACAAUUAUGCCAAUCGUAAUAAUAGGCUAUCCGUUCGUGGUGGCAGUUUUCUGGUCGCAUUUAAUCAGCAGAGACAUGUCCAUGAAGAAGAUGACGAAUCCGGUAGUCGUAAUUUUGUCGGUUGGCUUCCUCAUUUUCAAUUCGGUCAAUUUUGUCCUCUUGUUCGUCAGUCAAUAUUGUAGAUUUCAUGAGAUGAAAAAAUUUGUUCUCAGCACUUUUGAAGUAGUUGAUCAUGUUAAUAGUGAACUGGACUCCAGUGAAUUUAAGUACGGCAAUAUUUUGCUGAAAUUUGCCGGGAAGGUUGCUGUUUUCAUGUCGAUACUGUGUUAUUCGAUUAUUCAAAGCAUAUCCAGAUACAUGACGUUCGAAGACAAUUACGUGGUGUACCUUAUGUCAGCCUUACCGAAUAUAAUAAUGAAAUUCCAUCCAGAUCUGUUUUACGGCGGACUUCUGCUGAUCAACUUUUAUUUAACACAAAUCAAUAGCAAAGUUUCUAGCGUUCUAGCAACGGCGAAGGAAUUAAGUGAAACUAACGAUCUUGGCGAACAGAAAUGCUACCAGAAAAUGAUUAAUUUCUGUGAGUUAAGCGAUAAACUGGACAGACUGUGUGUGUUACACUAUAAUGUCAUCGAAAUAAGCGAAAUAUUUUUUCGGCUUUGUUCAUUUCAAACUACACUAUGGGUAGCUAUGGGGCUGAUCGCCUUUCUAGUUAGCUUGUUCCAGCAUUACAUCUCCAUAACAUCAGCGAUCCGAAAAGAUGAAAUUUCGUUCGAUACAUAUGCGACCGAUUUGAUUACAAUGUGUUACGCAAUCGCAGAAAUAUACAUUACCACUUCAAUGAGUGACCAAGUGAUGACAGAGAGCAAAAGGACAGGUGUACUACUCAACAAACCAUUAAUGCGACUCAAUAUGGACGUUCGAUUUAAACGAAGCGUAAGUCUUGCUAUCGCUUAUGUUGUUAAGAAUAAAAAAACUUUCCUCGUAAAAUUGGCUAAAGGUGGAAACCUUCUCCGGACAAAUACUACUCAAAAGCUUAAACAUAACUGGAAUGGGACUGUUUCUCUUCGAUGCGUCUCUAAUGUAUUCGUUAGUAUCAACAGCAUCGGCGUACCUGGUGAUUCUAAUUCAAUUUGAAUUGAAAGCGACGUAGUUGUGUGAAUAAUGAAGUUUCGCUGGCAGCUUGUACUAUUGUUGUUAUUAAAUUUAAUUGAAUGAAUAUUAAAUGAAAUGUUAAU